AUGGGAGAGAGAAUGAAAUGUCUUCCACAUUUGAUAAGUCUAUUUUCCCUCUUCACUUGCCUGCCUUUAUCUCAAUCUUUCAACUAUGGAGAAGCUCUUUCCAAGAGCCUCCUCUACUUCGAAGCGCAACGUUCCGGCCAUCUGCCGUACAACCAAAGAGUCACUUGGCGCCACCAUUCGGCCCUCACCGAUGGCCUAGAACUAGGGGUGGACUUAGUGGGAGGUUACUAUGAUGCUGGUGACAAUGUGAAAUUUGGUCUUCCAAUGGCCUUUACCAUUACAAUGCUUUCAUGGGGUGUCAUUGAAUACCAGGAUCAGAUAGCUUCGGCAGGAGAAUAUCGCCAUGCCCUUGAAGCCAUCAAGUGGGGAACUGAUUAUUUCAUCAAAAUACACACUCAUACUCAUGUCCUGUGGGCUCAGGUGGGCGAUGGAGACACUGAUCACUACUGUUGGCAACGACCGGAGGACAUGACGACAUCCCGACUUGCUUAUAAGAUCGACGAGGAUCAUCCUGGGUCAGAUGUUGUCGGAGAGACGGCUGCAGCCAUGGCAGCAGCUUCAAUUGUGUUUAGGAGAACAAACCCACAUUACUCUCACCUUCUCUUGGACCACGCGCUACAGUUGUUUGAGUUUGGUGACAAGUUUAGAGGGAAAUAUGAUACAAGUAUGGGAGUAGCAAAGGCCUAUUACCCUUCAGUGAGUGGUUAUAUGGAUGAAUUAUUGUGGGCAGCUUUGUGGCUAUACAAGGCCACCGACAGGGUUUAUUAUUUGAAUUAUGCAAUUGAGAAUGCUCAUUCUUUUGGUGGGAUCACUUGGGCCAUGCAAGAGUUCAGCUGGGAUGUUAAGUAUGCUGGUGUUCAAAUUUUUGCUGCAAUGGUAAAUUUUUCACAUCUUCUACAAAGUAGGUCAUCUUCAGCUCAUCUAAUGGAAUUGAAAAGAGAACGCAAAGAACAAAAGCAAAUUCUCCUGCAAUACCGAUCGAAAGCAGAGCAUUACAUCUGUGCUUGCCUGAACAAAAACAAUUCGACAAACGUGAAUCACACCCCAGGUGGGCUCUUGUACACCCGACAAUGGAACAACAUGCAGUAUGUUUCGAGUGCAGCAUUUUUACUCACAGUCUACUCUGAUUAUCUCCAAACCACCAAUCAGAUGCUCAACUGCCAAGGAGAUUUAGUGGGUUCCAAUGAGAUCCUGUCCUUCGUAAAAUCACAAAUAGCCUACAUUUUGGGAUCUAAUCCUAUGGGAAUGAGUUAUUUGGUUGGUUAUGGACCUAACUACCCCAAGAGAGUGCACCAUAGGGGUGCAUCCAUAGAAUCGUACAAAGAUAGCAAGGGAUUUGUGGGGUGCACACAGGGAUAUGAUAACUGGUAUGGACGACGAGAUCCAAACCCGAAUGUGCUUGUUGGAGCAUUGGUUGGGGGACCAGAUGGUAAGGAUGAGUUCAGGGAUAACAGGGAAAAUUUCAUGCAGACAGAGUCCUGCACAUAUAAUACCGCCCCACUGGUUGGGGUCUUUGCCAAAUUAUAUGCAUUAGAAAAGGCUACUUCUGAUAGUUUACCAUUGAUUUCUUUCAUUUGA